GUCCGACGGCGCAGUCCAAGUCGAACCACUCGGAAAAACAGUCGGGCUUUUGUUGCUUUCUCGCAUCGCGGUUAGCCGUUCUACUACAUUGGGUGAACUCCUUUGGGAAAUUGAACAAUUGUGUUUGCCCCUUGGACCGGAUUGGAAGCCAAACAAGAGAGAAGCGAAAAAAAGUGCAGAAACGUCGGAUUACGGUGUCAAAACCGAGUGGUGGGAAGACAACACACACGAAAAGUAACGUCGCAGUUUUGCACUUUUGGACCUACCUGUGCCCAGCGUGGAAAAAGCAGACAGCCAGACAGUGAAAAUUUUUCGCCCUUACGAGGACGACGACGACGACUGGAGGUUCUCGAGCUUUGGUCACCAUCGUCUCAGCAAGAGUGCUUUCUACUGUGGAAAAGGUGGAAAAUAUAAGACGAAGAAGUAGUGAAGAAGAGAAAAAUACAUGUGUGGGGCAGUUUCUUUUCGUACAGGAUAUUUUGCAGCGAACACCAGCAGACACUUACACAGUCGGACACAACCCGAGUGAGCUCCGAGGAUAGACAGAAGAAAGAGAGAAAAACGGUCGAACCGAGAACGGUGUGUACGGAAAAUAAGUGUGCAGAAGUGUCUCUAAUAUCAGUGGUGCGAUAUCUGCGGCGAUAAUUUUCCCUGCAAAAAGAAACGACAGCCGGAGGAAAAUAUUGACUGUCCGAGUUCCACCGCAACCAGUUGCCAAGUGGGAGCUGUUGUGAAACCGUGAACACAAACUUGAAGGUGUGAAUAUAAAUAAAAUCGAAAUAAAAAAAAAAAACGAGGGAAAAUCAAAUAACAGAAGAACAAAUCGAACGCACGUUCGAAAGCGUGGAAAUUUUCAAGGCGAAAAAAGUGCAAGAACAAGUUGACCCAGAAGCAGAACCGCCAGCAGCCGUAGCACCGAUUGGAGAAACAGAAAGCGUUCCCCAGGCGAGAGGAUUGGUCCAAUAAUCUACCCGCCACCCAUUUGGCGGACGGUUAAUGAGAACAAUCAACAGCAGCCACCAACUAGCGGCCAAUCUACGCCACCAACGUGAAGAAGGACUUCCGGCGGUGUUUUUGUGUUGCUCGCAUCCGUUAGAGGAAAUAUGAGAAAUGCCGUAAGGCGGCUUCUCCGUACACUGAUUAAAUCAUCGAAAGCUUGGUGUCGAAGGCAACAACAACAGCGGAAAGAACAGCAAAAAAAACUGUCAUCCUCGGUGGAGUAGAUUAUUACAAAUCCCAUAUUUGGCCGGGUUUCCCACGAGACCCCACCCCUGCCCUGCCUGGAAGGAGGAGUGUUGUGUGCAUUUGGGGGGACAAUCGGGAAGACAGUUUGUACAGUGUGCUGCACGUGCCGGAUUCCGACGAUCGUGACUUUACUACCGCUUGUUCGACAGCAGCAGCUGAUUGUUGGAGAUUGAAAACGUGAUUAAUUGGUUUUUACUUUGUGUGUGUCACGGCAACACUGUGUGCGGUGCUGAUAGCGGGAAUAAGUGUCACCGCAGCGUCACUUAGUGCUUUUUUUUGUUUGUUUUUGGGUUUUUGAUUAGUCGUUUUGCAGUGUAAUCUCGUAUUUCGGCAAAAUUCUCGCCAAUCUAGUAAACGACAUGGCUGCCCAGCCGGCUUGUACCCGGUUUUCGGACAACUACGAUAUCAAGGAGGAGCUGGGAAAGGGAGCGUUCUCGAUCGUGAAGCGAUGUGUGCAGAAAUCGACCGGAUUCGAGUUUGCCGCCAAGAUUAUCAACACAAAGAAGCUCACCUCGCGGGAUUUUCAGAAGCUGGAACGGGAGGCACGGAUAUGCCGCAAACUGCAACACCCGAACAUCGUUAGACUGCAUGACAGUAUUCAGGAGGAGAAUUACCACUAUCUAGUGUUCGAUCUGGUGACAGGUGGGGAGCUGUUCGAGGAUAUCGUUGCGCGUGAGUUCUACUCGGAAGCGGAUGCGUCCCACUGUAUACAGCAGAUUCUGGAAUCUGUCAACCACUGCCACCACAAUGGAGUUGUGCAUCGAGAUCUGAAGCCGGAGAAUCUGCUGCUCGCGAGCAAGGCCAAGGGUGCCGCAGUAAAGCUGGCCGACUUCGGCCUAGCGAUCGAGGUCCAGGGUGACCAGCAGGCAUGGUUCGGAUUUGCCGGUACACCCGGUUACCUUUCGCCGGAAGUGCUGAAGAAGGAACCGUACGGCAAAGCCGUCGAUAUCUGGGCCUGCGGCGUUAUCCUAUACAUUCUACUAGUUGGUUAUCCACCGUUCUGGGACGAAGAUCAACACCGGUUGUACGUGCAGAUUAAGGCCGGCACGUACGACUAUCCGUCGCCCGAAUGGGACACGGUUACGCCCGAGGCGAAAAACCUAAUCAACCAAAUGUUAACAGUUAACCCCUACAAACGAAUCACCGCAGCCGAAGCGCUCAAGCAUCCCUGGAUCUGCCAGCGGGAACGCGUGGCCUCGGUCGUACACCGACAGGAGACUGUGGACUGCUUGAAGAAAUUCAACGCUCGGCGCAAGCUCAAAGGUGCGAUUCUCACUACGAUGCUUGCCACCAGAAACUUCUCCAGCAAGAGUAUGAUCGCCAAAAAGGGCGACGGUUCCCAGGUCAAAGAGUCAACCGAUUCGUCAAGCACCACCGUCGAGGAUGACGAUUGCAAGGCGCGCCGCCAAGAGAUCAUCAAGAUCACCGAACAGCUUAUCGAGGCCAUCAACAACGGUGACUUCGAAACGUACACCAAGAUCUGCGAUCCCCAUCUGACCUCGUUCGAACCGGAAGCACUCGGCAAUCUGAUCGAGGGAAUGGACUUUCACAAGUUCAACUUUGAGAAUGUGCUCGGUAAGAGCAACAAGGCCAUCAACACGACCAUCCUGAAUCCGCACGUGCACAUCUUCGGCGAGGACACGGCGUGCAUCGCGUACGUCCGGCUGACGCAGUACGUGGACAAGCAGGGUCACCCGCACACCGUGCAAACCGAAGAGACCCGGGUAUGGCACAAAAAGGAUAACAAAUGGCAGAAUGUGCAUUUCCAUGGCAGCCGCAAUGGCAGCUUCAGCAACACGGCCACGCAGUACGACUUUGUGAAUCACAAGUAAAUUGCGCUAAUGGCGGCUCCAAAGUAGCAGCAGCAGUAGCCACGGAGCGACGGAAAAGCUCUCGAAAGCGCCGUGCGCCCAGACGGAUAGUUUUGUUUGAAUUAAAUUCAGAAGAAAGAAGAAGAAGAAAAAUCCCACUACAGAUUAUGCUUGUUCGUUAAAACACAGAAUAAAUUAUUGAAGAGAAAACUAGUUUAACGAUUCUAAUAUCACUAUUAAAGCAAAGAAACGAAAAGCAAGAAUGAAUCAAUCGAGGGACGCGUGUGAAGUGUCAAAAAAAAAACAGAAAAGCAGGCGGUGCUGAGAACGAUGCUUUAACAAAAAAAAAAAAAAAACAAAAAAAUCCCUCUCAACCGCGCGUAGAAAGCGAAAGCGUAAGCAAAAAUCAUAUUUUCGUAGAAAAAAAUAUUGAGGAAAAUUUUAAAGGAAAGCUAACCGUUUACAAUAACAAAAUCUCUUUCUCACACACACACAAACACGGAUACAUCCACACAUAUAGUAUAUACACAGUCAUACUUUUUGCCGAAAAUAGAACCUCGAUCUCUCGUAAAAUGUGCUGAAGGAAGAACUAACCUACAGUAAACGAAAAAAAUAUAUAAACCAAAACAAAACACUGACACACUUUUUGCGAUUUUUUACAUGACUUAAUCAGACACUGAACCCGGCAUAGAUGGAUUGUGGGGAGAAGAGCUAUCUUUGAUACAGCCAAUUUCAUUACUCGGUGACACAGUUUCGUAUCUCUCUCCCGUUUUUUCCAACAAUACAUUUCUCAAGUUCUCUCUAUAAUUCAUGUUUUUAGAGUAUUUAACAAGCAACAGAAACCAAAACCAAUCAAGUGAAUGUAAUCAAUAAGAAACGACGAAAAAGAAGAAGAAAAACAAGAAAACGAAUCUUGCCCACUGCUGAAAUAAAGAAACAAAAACAACAGUAAAUCCAAUUAAACGCAUAACUAUCGUUAGAGUGCUGUGCUAUUUGAGAAGAAGAAAAAAAAUCACACAUACAACAAAAAAUCAUGUAGAAAUUUAGGAAUCAAGAAAAAAAAAACUACAACAACAACAAAACUCGAAGCUGCUGUUAGAGUGAGAAAGAUGAGAACAAGACUAAACGCAAAUAACAACCGCACACAUACAAAGAUUCUCAGCCACUGCUGACGAUUACCACAGUACGAGAGAGCCAAAGCCUAAACGGAAGAGAGCAGAAGCAGCCAAACAGACACACAUCUACACAAACAGAUAACAGAAAACAAACAAAAAAACAUCGCAUCUUACUCUACAUCGUCACCCGUAUUAGAUAGAAAACGUUUAUAUAGUACUUUAAAGGGGAAAAAAAAGAAACGAAGGAGCAAAUUAAGCCAGAAAAUUUUGUGAAGCGAAGCUAAGCCAAAAGCAGCGCGUGCAAGGGAGGAAUUGAUAUGUCCUCACCUUUACUGUUACACACCGAACAAUCCGAACAAACCAAAACAAACAAAAAAAUCUCUACCACUAAUACAAACUAAACUAAACGCUAAAUACAACUUAGUACUGUACUGACUUGUUACCGCGUGUGAUCGCGUCGGUGAUUGGUGCAAAUCGGCGAAGGAUGGUUUUAGGAGCGAAACAAAACAAUACAAAUAAAAUGGCAGUGCAACCAGUCUAGGCACGAAAAUCGAGUUGUUUGAAAAAAUCCUGAAACUUAGUGAGCAAGAGUAGUAGGGGUUGCUUAGUUUAAUUUGUUUUUGUUGAUCACUUGUAAAGCUGGAAACAUCGGUCGACGGAAGUUGAAAGAAAGGGAAAACAGAGAAAGAGAGUUGGAAACACCGAGCCUUGGAUUGGAUUGGUUGGAGGAGCUGUUUGCGAGGAGGAAACACCGCGGAAUGAUGGUGGAAUGUUUUCUGUGAAGGUGUCGACACCCCAUCGACCGACAUUACUUGUGCUGUGAAAAUCCAGAGCGCAUCGGAUCGGAUGGCCUUCCCCCGUCAGGGGGCUAGUGUAUGCCGUUUGACCUUCACAGGGAGAAGAUCAAUCAGGCGAUUUUCCCAGCCCAGCGGUUUACUGCCGCUUGGCUUGGCUUGUGGCAGUAUCAUAAAUUCCGCGGCCUCCUCAAGACUAGUGGACUACGGUGACGAUUAGAGACGGAGUGACAGAACGUAGAAAAAAAACUUGGAGUGGAAAUUAUCAUCAAACUGUUGGAGGUCAGCUGACUGACAUGAGAAAUCCAUUAACUACACGUUGAAAACCGGAAACAAACGGAAGGGAAGAGAAAUUUGCACUGCUAAACAUGUCCGCUUUGGUUUGCUAAGUAGUUACACACUACCUACACAACUCGUAGACAACAGAAAUUAAUACUAACGGGUUGGCUGUUUGAGAAUUUUAGAUCGAACCAGGUUCGGAUUUCCUGAGUGACCAACCAAGCUGCUGGAGAGAAAGAGAAAAAAAACAUAAAACCGAAAGCUUUAAUCCAAGUUUAGAUAAAACGAAAACAUAAACCGAAGAAGAAAAAACACACCACAGACUGAACGGAACUGAACCAGCCGGCGAACAACAGCAGAAAAAAACACAAUUAGGAAAUUAGAAUACAAAAAAAGCGCUUUGACAGCUUAACGAAACUUACUUUGUACGCGACGGUUUUAACGGAAGGCUAGGAAUGUUGUGUUGCAUUGUUGAACGUGUUAAAAAUUUCGAUUACCUCUUUCACAGAUCUUGCGAAGAUUUUAGCGAAAUAUGUUACUGGUUGCGUUGAUUGUUCUAAUUUUUCCUUUGUUUACAGGUUCUCAGUUGUUUGAUAAUUCACAAUAUGUUAUUAGUAGUAAGCAGGGAAAUGUUUCAGAAUCAAGUUAACUAAGCAAAAAAAAUACAAUUUAAAUAGAUAACAAAUCAGCAGAUUGAACACAUACACACACGAAUGAAAUCAUGAUGAAACGAAAAUUUUUGAAAUACGUAGAUCAGAAUAGAACAACGAUUCAGUAUGUCAGUCGCUGAUCGAUCGAAAGCGUCGUUUUGUUAGCAUUGUGUGUCGUACCACAGACCAAGUACCAAGAUUCAUUGUAGUAAUUAUUUUGCUUGUGUUAUCAUGUUGAAUUAUUGCAUAUGAGGUAAAAGAAGGAAAAAAAUGUAUAUGAAGGUAUGCAAGCUUGCCAGAAAGAGAUCGCCCCUAAUUGAAGACAAACACAGCACAGGGCACAAACAGAAACACACCCACACGUACGUACAUACAUACAAUCAUACGUAACACGUAACGAGGCAGACAUAAUUUGAAUUUUAAAUGACCACAGAAAGAGCGAGAGAGAGAGAAUUCUCUUCCGACACAAUGAUGCUUGCACAUGCACUCCCGAGACCCGGUCACACAAGCAGGAUUCCAACCUCCUCCCUCCAAAGUCCGAAGGACUACCGAGUGGACGCACCUCGGAACCAUUUGGAAGCACACAAACGGAAACGUUUAAAUUAUAAAUAAUGAAACACCGUUCGAUAAUCUUGAUUGAUGCUUUUUCGAACUGACAAAGACGAAUUACCUGUGGGUGCGCGAUGGAGUGUACUAUCGAUGCCAGCAAACGGCGCGUAAAUCAAUCAAAUUGUCCGCUGAUCCGCUUGUCCUGAGGAGGAAAGGUUUUUUUUUCUAUAAGUUCAGUACGAUAAAAUUACAUUGAGCUCACCUUGCCCGGGGUCAAUUCGGAAACCAAACGCAUCAAUCGACAUUCUCUCGCUGGUUCGUCGCUUUUAUCGCGAAAUUUGAAAUCCGCAGCCAGCGCUUCAAAAAAAAAAGCAAACAAACAAACACACAUACAGAGAAAGUAGCAAAUGAGAAAACCAAUAACAAUCAGAGACAGCAGCAGCAGUAUAGAAUGUGCCAAAACAAAACACCUCGUUAUUGUUUUUAAAUCCCUUUCUAUAAAAUCCUGUCCACCUCCUCUACCACCGUCGCCGCCACCAAAUUCCAAGCAUGCUCGGAAUGUUUGCGCCAUUAGGGGAUUGAUAGAGGAUGGUCAUUUAUUCUACAAAGCUUGAGUCUACUAGGUAUUGAUGAGCUCAAGCUUUUUAGUAUUCAAAACGCCUGAAACAGGAUUUUGUUGAAACUGUUAGAGUGAAGUAUAUGGAACAAGAAACAAUAGUGUUUAUUUUAACUUGCACCGGCGCAGAAGUUAAAUCGGACACUAAAAUGAGAAAAAUAGUGGGACAGCCUAAGUUUAGGCCUAUUAUUACAGGUACUGCUAUCCAGUUUUAAGUUUACAUUUACUCCUUAGCUAAAUCAAUACUUUUAGAACUGUGAAUCGUUGCUUAGUUAGAUCUAUUCUAAUGACAGCACUUAUCAAUGCUGGCGCCGUCUGAGAUAUGUUUUAGAUAUUUUGGUUUUAGUUUAUAACCUUUUCUGGUGUACAACUUACCGCAAAACUGUUCCAAUUUGUUGGAUAAUUCGUAUUACUCCUCUUGAUCCUUUGAUUUCGUUGCUGGUAGACACUGCAGUCACCGUUUCUACCAUUCUGAAUUUUAUCGCUCUCCCACUGGUUAAACAUUACUGAUAUCAACCAUUUUAUCCGAUUGAAGAACACCAGAAAUCUUUCCAAAUCCGGUUUAAAGGACCUACUAUCUGUGGUUUUAGCUGUAAAGGAAAGAAUUAUUAGCGUCUAUUCUAUAGAUUUCACCGUAACAUUCUUUCUGCUUAAAAAACAGAAUAAAUUGAUCAUUUCCACUAUCCCUCUACUGUUGUAAAGGUCUGAGCACAACCCAUUCGCAAGUUGUCUCCAAUUAGAUCCAAACUCCCUAAAACAACCAAGAAACAUUAACUUGUAGCAUGACAAAAGCAAGACUGUAUCCAAUCCGACCCAGUUACCUACGUGUACACACAUACGGACACACACAUAUACACAAACAAACACACCAAACAACAACAGCAAAAAAACAGCGCAAUCGCAUUUGUUAGGUUAUGUUUUGUUUCUGAGAGAGGCUGAGAGCUUUUUGUGAUUCGUUCGACCGCGUUCACACUAGAAACGAGAUGACUCUAUCUGACCAAAAUGUUAGUUCAAUCUUAACGUUAGAAAGAAAAUAAAAAGAGGAGAAGAAAAAACAAAAACCUAAACAAAACAUGAAGCAAAAAAAAAACAUUGAACAUAUUAUUGCAUUAUUACAGUGAAUGCAAAGUACAUAGUGUAGUGGAAAAUCAACAAAUAGCGCACCAUUCAACUUUCCAAUGUUCGCACUUUUUCCCGUUUAAAUCCACAUUUCCCCCCACCCCCCUCAGAAAGCCGGAGCGACAAGAAAUAAAAAAAAAACCUAAAUAGCGUAAAGAAUCCCUCCUCCGAUAUGAAGAAAAAAAGUAGAGAAAAACUCGACGCAAGCGUUUAAAAAUCAACGGCAAUCUAAGCAAGCUGGAAUAAAAGCAAAGGAUCUCUUAAUAUAUAUACAUACAAUACAUACACAUAUAAAUCUUUAAAUUCUUUCAUUUCUUUGUCAUUGUACGAGAUGGAAUCACUUGUUAUUAUAUGCAGUUGAAAACAAAAAAAAUGGAGUGCAGAAGAGGAAAUUAUAAACAUUAAACCCAGCAAUAGGUGAAGCGACGGCUCAUUCAAUUACACGCAUUCUCAUCCAUUCACACACACACAUACUUACAUAUAACGCCAACAUCCACACAACCGCAACGCAACGCUAGUAUAGCUCUUAAUUAUACUAAAAGAAACGCAGAUGUUUAUCGCAAAAGAUUAGCUCGAUAUAACUACGAAUGAAGAAAUCUUUUCCUCCUUUAUCCCCCUUUUGAUGAUCGAAUUGACGCUUUGAGAUCGUACCGUUGAAGAAGAGGCGAAAGCAAAAGAAAACCCAGAUUGAAUUUAUUGACGAAAAAAAAAAAAUAAGAACACUUUAAAUCAAAUUUAUGCGAAAGUGGAAUCGUUAAGAAAGGAAAUUAUAAACACAAAUUACAUCUAGCAUUUUUUUUAUUUUUAAACGUGACCAUAUAUAAACAAAUAACAACACUAAAAAGAAAAUAUUUAUAUGUAAAAGUGCGUGCAUUUGUAUUUGUAUUUUGUCUCUUUGAAUGAAAAUACUUAAAUAUAAUAAAGAAAAGAAAAAACACACACACUCAGAUAGAAUUCAGAAUUGUGGAAGUAAGCUGUUUAAGCCAAGUGGCAAACUGUAUGCGACGGGAGUGAUUAGAGAAAAACCCAAAUAAACACACGAACAAACAUACACACACAUACACACAAAGAGAAGAAGAGAACGAAACCAGAAAAAAAACUCGGAAUCAACAACAGCAAGAGCAAAGCCUAUUACUACUACAACUACUACUAAAAAAAAAAGGAAUACUACUACUAAACAAGCAUACAAGCAAAAACAAAACCACAUACCUUCUCUCUCUCAAUCGUCAUAGACAUACGAAUAUAAGAAAUUAACAGCAAACAUCAUGGUGCGAAUCGGAACUGUGGUAAACAUUACCCCCGCAACCGACAAGCACACAAACACACAAACACUCUCAUACACACAGAGACAUUUACGCAUGAAAAAUAGCAUGAACUCAAGACAUACUACUACCAUUAAAAAAUAAAACCAAGUGCAGUGCGAAUAAAAAUGUAGCAAUCACAAAUAAGAACACCAUACACACUAAGGACGCAAAGGACAACACGCAAGCAAAAACACAAACACACGCAUAAACUUUUUAGCAAACGCAGACAGACAGCAAGAGCGUGCGCGCGCGAGAGGGAGAAAGACAGAAAUCCAUGGAAGAAGCAAUUUGAACUUGGGGUGGUGGUAGCAUGCG